AAGAUGUAAGAGACAAGUUGAGAAACAUUCAUCUCGCUUAUUUUCCUCCCAACAUGACUUCGUUACUGCAACUAAUAGACCAAGGCAUUAUCUACAACAUGAAACCACAUUACAGAAAACGAAUUUUAACGAAUAUAUUGACUCAAGUGGAUGAGGGAAAUUCUGUUAUGGCCAUAGACUUGCUGCAAGCAGUUCGAAAUCUUAGCAAUGUAUGGAAUGUCUAUGUUAAACCAGAAACAAUUGCCAACUGUUUUAAAAAGGCUGGAUUUUCAAAAGAUGCUAUGCAGAUUCCAUUUGAGCAUUGGGAUGAAGAGGACCUUCUUUCAAUAUCGGAUUUGGCUGCUUUACAGUCUUCAUUUAAAAAAGUAGCAAAUAUCGAAGCAUCGUUUGAUGACUACGUAAAUGUUGAUAAUGGUGUGCAGACUUGGGACAACCCAUCCGAAAAAGAUAUUCUCAACAGCAUUUUUGAAAGUCCAGCUGAACCUGAUAACGAUGAACACGAUUUGACCGUUGAAGAAUUGGCAGAAACUGAGGAGGCAUUACCUACGUUGAUACAAGCUGCUUCAUCCAUUAGCGUAAUUAGAACCUUUGUGGAAAUGAGGAGUGACGUGCCGAUUAAUGUUUUCAACUCUCUACAUGAUUUGGAAGCUUUUAUUGAAAAUGAAAAAUGGAAGACUGUAAUUCAAACCAAACUCACUGAUUAUUUUAAAUAAAGUUACAUAAAAAAUCAAUGUUUCUUUAUAAUGAAGUUUCUAUAUAGUGAAGUGAUUUUCAGGUCCCGUGCGAAUUCACUAUAUGGAAG